GAUUUAAUCUCAUUUUUUAUAUACAAGCGCAAAACUAAGAAAAAAAUAUUUUGGAGUAAAGAAAUUCUUAUUAUACGGCUCAAAACAAACAAAUCUUUUUUUUUUCUUUGACUAAGUUAUAUAUUUUGACCCACCCUAAUCAAACGGAUUACAUUCUAUGUGAAAUCUUUUUUUGGAUAAGUAUAUAACUAACUCCUUGAUAAUCUCAACUAUUAUGCUUAUAAAUACAACAAUUAAAGAAACCUAAUUAAUCAAUCACUACACUCUAUCAUUUCUCACAUGAUGCAAAAUAUGAACUCUUUGCUGCUCGUAUUCUUCUUCUUUGUCACAAUUUUCACAAAUUUCACAUUUUCCACCAAUGUUUCUCACGACGGUAGGGCAAUUACCAUAAAUGGCCAACGCAGAAUCAUUCUUUCGGGAUCUAUUCACUAUCCAAGAAGCACAACUGAGAUGUGGCCCGAUUUGAUAAAGAAAUCCAAGGAAGGGGGUUUAGAUGCUAUCGAGACUUAUGUAUUUUGGAAUGCUCACGAACCAUUGAGAAGGCAAUACGAUUUUAGUGGGAAUUUGGACCUUAUAAGGUUCAUAAAAACGGUCCAAGACGAAGGUCUUUACGCCGUUCUUCGUAUCGGACCUUAUGUUUGUGCUGAAUGGAACUUUGGAGGUUUUCCAAUGUGGUUGGAUAAUUUGCCCGGCGUUGAGCUUCGUACUGUCAAUGAUGUUUACAUGAGUGAGAUGAAAAAUUUCACUACUUUGAUAGUGGAUAUGAUGAAGGAAGAGAAGUUAUUUGCAUCACAAGGAGGUCCCAUUAUUCUGGCUCAGAUCGAAAAUGAAUACGGCAACGUUAUUGCAUCAUACGGAGAUGCUGGAAAAGCAUAUGUAAAUUGGUGUGCGAGUAUGGCUAACUCUUUGGAUAUUGGGGUUCCAUGGAUUAUGUGCCAAGAAAACGAUGCCCCUGAAUCAGUGAUCAACACAUGCAAUGGGUGGUACUGUGACCAAUUCACCCCAAACAAUCCUAACAGCCCUAAAAUGUGGACAGAAAAUUGGACUGGAUGGUUCAAGAAUUGGGGUGGUAAAGAUCCCUCGAGAACGGCAGAGGAUCUCGCAUAUUCCGUUGCUCGAUUUUACCAGCUUGGAGGAACUUUUCAAAAUUACUACAUGUACCAUGGUGGGACAAAUUUUGGUAGAACAGCUGGGGGUCCAUACAUAACCACAUCGUAUGACUAUGAUGCUCCUCUUAAUGAAUAUGGCUCAUUGAACCAACCCAAAUAUGGACACUUGAAACAACUUCACGACGUGUUGCACUCAAUCGAGAAUGUUCUAACUUACGGCAACAUUUCCUCGAUGGAUUUUGGAAAUUCCGUCUCGGCAACGAUUUAUUCGACAAACGACCAAAAAAGUUGUUUCUUCGGAAAUGCCAAUAGUAGUUUAGAUGCUACGAUUAAUUAUCAAGGAGUGAGCUACGAUAUUCCGGCUUGGUCUGUUAGCAUAUUACCCGAUUGCAAGAACGUCCUUUACAACACCGCAAAGGUAAAUACACAGACAUCAAAGAUGAUUAAGGUAGCUAAUGAAGCAGAAAAUGAGCCAAUUGUAUUGAAGUGGUCAUGGAUGCAAGAAAAUUUGGACGAAAAUGCCCUUUUGGGAAAGGGUCAAGUUUCUGCUAGCCAUCUUUUGGAUCAAAAGGUUGCUAAUGAUGUUAGUGACUAUCUGUGGUACAUGACAAGAUUGGAUCUUGACGAAAAUGAUCCUAUCUGGAGCAAGAAUAUGAGUAUUAGAGUUAACGCGACGGGACAAAUAGUGCAUGCUUACAUUAACGGCGAAUAUCUCGGUUCUGAAUGGGCUACUUACGGAAUCUACAACUACGUAUUCGAGAAGGAGAUUAAGCUUAAACCCGGGAAAAAUCAAAUUGCACUACUCAGUGCCACCCUUGGAUACCAGAACUAUGGUGCAAGAUUUGAGAUGACAGAAACUGGUCUACCUGGACCAAUUCAAAUAAUUGGUAAAAAUGGCGACGAAACCAUAAUUAAGGAUUUAUCGUCUCACAAAUGGACGUACAAAGUUGGAUUAGAAGGAUUAGACAACAAAUUAUUCGACGUUAAUACCAAUUAUUCGUCGAAGUGGCUCUCGGAUAAUCUUCCCGUCAACAAGAUGAUGACGUGGUACAAGACAACUUUCAAAGCACCUCUAGGAGAAGAUCCGGUAGUAGUUGACUUAAUAGGUUUGGGCAAAGGGUUUGCAUGGGUCAAUGGCAAUAACCUCGGCAGAUACUGGCCGAGUUUUUUGGCUGACGUGGACGGUUGCUCAGCCGAGCCGUGUGACUAUCGCGGCUCGUACGAUAAUAACAAAUGCGUCUCCAACUGUGGUCAACCUAGUCAAAGAUGGUACCAUGUUCCGCGUUCGUUCAUGAAUAAGGACGUGAAUGAAUUUGUUCUUUUCGAGGAAUUCGGAGGGAAUCCAAGUUUGGUUAGUUUCCAAACCGUGCGACCGGGAAGUGUUUGUGGAAAUGCCUAUGAGAAUAAAGACAUGGAAAUUUCGUGCCAAGGAAAGACGAUUUCCGACGUUAAAUUCGCUAGUUUCGGUGAUGUGCAAGGAAUUUGUGGUUCUUUUGAGAAGGGUACUUGUGAAGCUAAAAAUGAUGCAAUCUCCAUUGUUAAAAAUGCGUGCGUGGGAAAAGAAAGUUGUUCGAUCCAAGCUUCGGCUAGUGUUUUCGGUGCAACGAACUGCGAAGCGAGCGUCUCGAAGAGACUUGCGGUCGAGGUUGUUUGCUAGUAUUUUGCUUGAAUUUGUUUUCUUCAUGUUUCUUCUAUAGUUUAGCUUAGCUUAGCUUAGUUUAGCUUAGCUUAGCUUAGCUUAAUUAGUGAGCAUUCCAUUAUUUUUUGCCUUUGAUUAUUUUUUAUUUACUUUAAAAUAAAAUAUUAUCACAU